GCAUACACCAAUACAAUUAUAUUUAUGAACGCGAGAACAAACAUUGAUAGAUAACCCAAGGAAAAAAAGUAUGAAGAUGUCUCCAAAAUCUGACUCAGACAUGACAAGCUUCGACCUAUCAUCAUCACCGAAGCGUCCCACUUACUUCGUCCAAAGCCCAUCACGUGACUCCGACAAGUCUUCCUCCGCGGCACUGACUCACCAAACCACUCCGACAGAGUCUCCGUCACACCCAUCCUUUGCUAGCCGCAUCUCCGGUGGCGGCGGCGGAGGAUUCCGGUGGAAGGGACGGAGGAAAUAUCACGGCGGAAGAUGGCCGCGGGGUGAUAAGGAGGAGGAAAGUGGUGAUGGACGGUACGAGGAUCUUUACGGAGACCACAGAGGAAUCUCAAUCGCUACUUGUAGACUUAUUUUGGGAGUUGUAGCCACAUUGACUCUCUUUUUUCUUAUAUGUUCUGUUCUCUUUGCGGCUUCUCAAUCAUUCACCCCGGUGGUCUACGUCAAGGGUGUGAGUGUGCAUAACUUUUACUACUGGGAAGGUUUAGACAACACAGGAGUUCCUACAAAGAUCAUGAACAUCAAAUGUUCAGUGCAGAUCACAACACACAAUCCUUCUACAUUCUUGGGUAUUCACGUCAGCUCCUCUCCUAUAAAACUCAUCUACUCUCGUCGAUUCACUUUUGCCACUGCACAAUUAAAUAGUUAUUACCAACCAAAACAAAGCAACCACACGUCUAGGAUCGACCUCGUUGGCUCCAUGGUUCCACUCUACGGUGCAGGAGCGGACAUAGCUGCUUCAGGCAACAAUGGCGGAGUUCCUGUGAAGCUGGAGUUCGAGAUCCGAUCACGUGCUAAUAUUGUCGGAAGCUUGGUCAAGUCUAGGCAUAGGAAACAUCUCUCUUGCUUCUUCCUCAUCUACUCCAACACCAAAUUUGUUAAAUUCACCCACAAGACUUGUAGUUAAACAGAAGUUUCAUCAGUUUAAUUUUCUUAUUCAUUGUCAUGUAAUAAUAACUCGUUUUUUUUUAUUAUUAUUUCUGAAAAAAACAAACAAAUC